ACUGAAUCCAAACGUAGCGCACAGCUGCCUGAAUGAUAACCAGGAGGAGGGAGGCCCUGCCAGGAUCUACAUCGUGGCACUGGUUGCGGUGUCCCCUCUGUCUCCUGCACUCCAACCAGGCUGAUAGACGAAGCUGUGGCUAGCGACAAGCCGGGCGAUGGAGGUGCCUCUGGUUAACUUUGAGAACAUGGAUGAUGUUGGCAUCAACCUGGGUGACCCGAAUGACUCCGGGUACCCGACCUCACCCCCCUCAGAGGCCCCCGAUCAGAAUCUCUUAACCCACCGUUUGAGUUCUCCUCACCAGUCGCCACACAGAGGAAGACGUGGGCAUCACUCCGGCCAAGACGGGCUGUCGCCGUCCACUCCUCCGACUCUGACCACGAAAGGGAACUCCAGCAGCGGCAGCUUGAUCUCCAAUCUGAAGCUCCUCAUCAACAGCGAGUCUCCCACCGACAGCGUCUUCAGCAAGAUGGCGAAGGAUUGCUACGAGAACGAAGACUUGUUCGAAAAGCACUACAUCGAAGAAAAAGACGAGAAAGUUGUGAUCAAUAUUUCCGGCCUGAUGUUUGAAACCCAGCUAAGCACCCUGAAUAAGUUUCCAGAGACGCUGCUCGGUAACCCCAUGAAGAGGAUAAGUUACUUUGACCCGAUGAAAAAUGAGUACUUCUUCGACAGAAACCGUCCGUCUUUCGAUGGUAUUCUGUACUACUAUCAGUCAGGGGGGAGAAUCCGCAGACCUGCCAACGUUCCCCUAGAUGUUUUUGCUAAUGAAAUCGUUUUCUACGAGUUGGGUCAUGAAGCGAUGGAGCAGUUCCGCGAAGACGAAGGGUUUAUCAAAGAGCCGGAGGUCCUUUUGCCCACCAACGAACUCCAGCGACAAUUCUGGCUCCUGUUUGAAUACCCAGAAAGCUCCAGCGCAGCCAGAUCCGUUGCUCUGGUUUCUGUGUUCGUCAUCGUCAUUUCCAUCGUCAUCUUCUGCCUAGAGACUCUGCCCGAAUUCAGAGAGGACACUGACUUUGCCCCGGGUUUAACCCAACUCGUCAACGGCACACAGCAGGGUUCUGCUCCCGCCACUAAAGACGUGUUUGCGUAUCUAACGGACCCCUUUUUCAUCGUGGAGACUAUUUGCAUCAUUUGGUUCUGCUUUGAAGUCGGUGUCCGUUUUGUGGUGUGCCCCAGCAAAAGUGACUUCUUCAAUAACAUCAUGAACAUCAUUGACAUAGUCUCUAUAAUUCCCUACUUUGUGACCCUCGGAACGGAGCUGGCUACGACCCCUGACGACGAUAUGAACUCCAGUCAGAACAUGUCCCUGGCAAUCCUAAGAAUCAUCCGUCUAGUGAGAGUUUUCAGAAUUUUUAAGCUCUCCCGACACUCCAAAGGGCUUCAGAUCUUGGGGCAGACCUUGAAAGCCAGCAUGAGGGAACUUGGGCUGCUCAUCUUCUUCCUUUUUAUAGGAGUCAUCCUAUUCUCAAGUGCCAUCUACUUUGCAGAAGUGGAUGAGCCCCAGACGCAGUUCGUUAGCAUCCCUGACGGCUUCUGGUGGGCCGUGGUGACAAUGACCACUGUGGGGUACGGAGACAUGUGCCCCAUCACAAUGGGAGGCAAAAUGGUCGGCACCCUCUGUGCCAUUGCCGGUGUCCUGACCAUCGCCCUGCCCGUCCCCGUCAUUGUCUCUAACUUUAACUAUUUUUACCACCGUGAGACUGAGCAGGAGGAGAAGCAGGUGAUGGACGCAGCUGCAGAGGCUGCCCUGAAAAUGUCAGCUGCAAACAAGUAUGGAAGCACACCCUCACUAAACAAAAGUAACGGCACCUGGCAGAACGAGAAGAAUGGCACACACUCAUAGACAAAGUAUUUAUACGCAUAUAUCAAGGGCAUGAACAACACAUGAAACAUAUCCAGUAGUCCGGUGAUUUCUCACUAUUUUGUACUCCAAACAUGGCAGAUAUUUGUGCAAAUUCUGACAGUAUUAAUAGGCCCUGUGUGGUGAGACAGCCUUUACACAAGUCUGCUUGUGGAUGUGUCAAAGUGCAAUUAACACAACUACUCUGUCUGUCAGCUCACGUACGAUGAGAAGAAUGUAAAGGUAUAAUUAUCAUCUUUCAUCCAGUGCAAUUUGAAGAAAAAUGUGAUGGCUCAUUUGUACUAUAGACAUUUCACCUUUAAAACAUAGACUGUUGGAGUAAACACGUGAAAAUAAGUUGUAAAUUUGACCAGAAUGUCCUUGAAGGUCUGUGUAGCAGUAAGUUUAUCCCUCAAAAAGGGGGGAAAAAAGUGUUGUGAUAAUUGUAGCAUUUUAAACUGGAAGUAUACUCGGAGCUCAUAUUGCAUCACACAGUUAGUCUCCACUUCGUCAUAUUCAGCAAAACCUAGAUAGAACUUGGCUUCAUUUUCAAGGUCAGGGCGAAUGCGUCCAGUGUAAGGCAAGAGGACAGCAGCACUCACAUUGUCUUAUCAGCAGAUCUAUAGUUGUGAAUGCUCAGCCAGCAGCACUUCUCCUUAUGACACAGCGUAACAAUAUCUGUGUGAUAAAUAGUUCUUGCUAUUAGUAGUCUGGUAGAUAAAGCCGCAAAAUAUUAAAUCUGCAUUUAAAUUAACUUAUUAUAAUACAUGCAGUAGUUGCAUGCAGGUUUUAAAAGUACAACAUGGUUUUAUUAUUAGUUAGCAUUUUGCACAAGAUUACCACCUUCCAACACUUUUAUUAAAAUGUGAAUUAACCCUUUAAAAACCAUAUCGAGUCACUGCACUGAAAUAUUUCCACAUGAGCACUUUUGGAGCUUCGCACCAUCAGCUGUUGGCAGGGAAAACAUAUUUCUUAGUGUCUGUGUGUAUAUA